AUGACUGACGGCCUGCCAUAUCAUGAUGACAAGGGAGUAGCAUUGGCAACGCAAGAUAGCGGCCUGUCGAAGCAAACAACACCAUUGCAGCCCAGGCCUCAGUCUUGUCCAAAGCUUGGCGAUUUUGCUAGCUUACGAUCCGCCGCGAUGGACUUCCAUCCGCCCCAUCACAUCCUGAGUCAUCAACUUCCUUCAAUAGACGGCACUAGACUCGGAGAUCUGUCCAAAAUUAUAAAUCAACUGCAGGCGUUGAACUCAGCACCAAAGCAAGAAUAUGAUACAACUUUGCCAGCCCCCAACACCUUAACUCAUUCGACAUGCUACACAUCUACUCAGCUACUUUCUGUUUUGGAUUCCGAAGGCUGCUCAUCCUUCAAAACGGGAAACGCAUCUGCUAAGGAGACAUCUGAAGCAUCAUUACACCGAUCUCUAACGGCUGUCGAGCAUCGCCUCAGGCACAUCGGUCUGCAGAGGCAGCAAAACCCGACUUCGCAGCUCAGGCGCAUACAGACGCACGACUUGGCCGACAAACCCCUUCAAUUGCCUAUAUUCGACGCCGCGCGUACUGUUGAAGGAGCUCACCAAUCUCUCACUCGAAAUCUCAUUCCAUACUCUACAGCAGAUCGUUAUUUGACGCGAAAAUUUCCAUUAAAUUCUCUGCAUGGCGUUCACAUCUUUUUGGACAUGUCGAAUAUCGAGAUCGGCUUCCAGAAAGCACUUAGGAAGAAAUGUCGUAUUGCAGACGCCGCGAGAUUUUCUCCUUUGCCACGACUCAACUUACAAUUCUUGACAGAAUUACUUGUUCGUGGUCGCUUCUCACGCGGUCUUCAUGUCGGGUGCUCUAUUCUUCCCGGUCGAAAAGAGCCUAAAUAUGUGCAAGACUUGCGUGAACUUGGGUAUCAAGUGGACGUGAGGGAGCGCAAAUGUAUCGAUAACAAUGGUCUCAAUGCGCCGCGGGUAAACUUCUGGUCCGCGACUGGCCCAAGAUCCGUAUGCAGAUAUGUCGAAGAUCUUGUUGACGAAACACUCCAGACGCGCAUCGCCGAGGCCGUAAUGGAGCACUUCCAGGAACAGGGUACCAUUGUUUUGGCCACUGGCGACGCAAAACCCGCGCAAUAUUCGGAUGGAUUCUUUCGCUACGUCGAGAGAGCUCUACGUAUGGGCUGGAACGUCGAGCUCGUCGCCUGGCGCGGGAGUCUAUCGUCUUCAUGGACGAACACUAACUGGAUUGCCACAUGGAACGAUAGAUUUCGCAUAAUUGAGCUAGACAGCUUUAUUUGUGACCUUCUACAAGUGUAA